UGACAUCUCAGAAGCUCCAGAACAGCUUGGAAUAGAGCUCUCAGCAAAACCACUCCAUACAUGAGGCGCACACUUUGAGUACACUCACAAUCACCAUGCGACUUCCAAUAAACCUCUUGUUUCUUACCCUCUCUAUCCUCCCCUCCACCCUCGCCGUGUUCGUCGAUGAAGCAUACAUUGUCGAUUAUCAUCACGAACUCCUCGGACUUUCUCAACCACACACAUCCUUCUUCCAUCGACCGCGAAAGAACGAAAAGGCUUCAUUGUUAUAUACUUUGAGCGACUUGGGAGUGUUAGGUGCUGUCAAUCCCGGUCUGGGGAAAGUGGUAUGGCGACAAUUGCUCGCGGGCGACGAUGCAGUAUCGGAACCUGGCUUUUUAAGGCCAAUUGAGGGCGAAGAUGCUGUGGUAUCUGCGAUUGGAAGUAGGGUCGAUGCUUGGGAUGCGAUGAGUGGGAGAGCAACGUGGGGUAAUGUCUUCGAAGGGGUCGUCAAGGAUUUGGAAGUAAUGGAAACUGCGGCUGGGAGUGAAGGAGCCAAAGCUGUAUUGGCUCUAUUUGACGAAGGGAAGCCUGUUUUGAGGAAAUUGAAAGGCGGAAGCGGUGAUGUGGCUUGGGAAUACGCAGGCGUCUCCGGAGAUAUUGCUCUACAGGUUAGCACAAAUGUGCAGAACGUAUUUUUGGUUUCGACAUACUAUGGGUCCAAGGCGGGCUUUACACUGAGAGUCACGAUAUUAGAUCCGGUUACUGGAAAGAAAUCUAGCGAAUAUACUCUGUCUACAAAGGGUGAGAUAGAGAGCCUGGAGGAUGUUGUAUUUGUGGGAGCCAACUCUGCGGCUCCUAUUAUUGCAUGGGCAGACCAAGGAUACAAAAACCUGAGGGUCAAUGUUCUAGGAAAGAGCGGAGCUAUUCAAUCUCUUCCAUUGACCGAAUCGGAUGGGAAACUCACAGAAGUUACGGUUCAUGCGCCACAUCUUGUUCAGUCGCAAGCUCAUUUCUUGGUUCAUAGCCGUUCUGCCCUCUCAAAUCGAGCGGAUGUGUACCACGUUGACCUUGCAAAUGGUAGCGUCAAGAAGGCAUAUGAGUUACCAAAAGUUCCCGGACGAGGAUCUAUUUCCAUCAGCUCCCAGGACGCCAAUGUCUAUUUCACCAGACUUUCAGAUGAUGAAGUUGCUGUCUAUUCUUCAGUUUCCCAUGGAGUUCUUGGAAGAUGGCCAUUGAAUUUUGAGGCUCAACGAGGUUCAUUUGUUCACAGUACAACAGAGGUCGUACAAAAAGGUACUGAUACCUAUGCUGUUCGGUCCGCUGUUGUCACUACUGAGCAGGACUGGGUUCUUAUCCGGAAUGGAGCCGAAGCUUGGGCUCGCCCAGAGGGAUUAUCUGGAGCUGUUGCUGCUGCUUUUGCUGAUUUGCCCGAAUCUGAGAGUUUGGUCAAGAAUCUGGAAGUAGAGGCAGAGAGCAAUGCCUUAUCUGCCUACAUUCAUCGUGUCAACCGCCAUGUCGCCGACUUGCAAUACUUGCCAAACUACCUACAAGAUUUACCAAGACGAUUCUUGAGCAGUAUUCUUCCAGGUGAGAUUAUUGCUCAGAAGGCCGGAGUCUUGGUGCCAGACAGUUUUGGUUUCAACAAGGUGGUCAUAGUUGCUACUCAGCGCGGUAGACUGUACGGUCUCGACGCUGGUAAUCAUGGCAGCAUCGUGUGGUCUUGGACAGCGUUUCCUCAGGAAAAUGGCAAGAAGUGGGACGUAAAGGGAAUCUUCGUCGAAAGCUCAAAGGGUCUCGCAACAAUCAGAGCUGCUGAUGGCGAGUAUACCGUGGUCAAGACAACUACUGGCGAAAGAAUUGAGACCAUGCCGCCUGGAUCGGGCCCAACUAUCCGCAGUACUGCCAUUGUGGAUAGUCCUUCUGGAAAAUGGAUGCUCACCAUUGGAGUCAAUGGAAACCCUGAAGAUGUUCCUUCCGAAAGGGUACCAAAGGGUCAUCUCGUGGUUAAGGGCGACGCUGGUGAGGUGAAGGGAUUGAAAUUCAUGCCCAGGGGCUCGCAAUCAUCACCUGUCAUAACUUGGACUUUCACGCCUCCAACUGAUCAAGUCAUUACAAAUGUCGUGUCUAGACCAGCUCAUGACCCUGUUGCUUCUAUUGGUAGAGUUCUCGGUGAUCGUACCGUGCUAUACAAAUACCUCAACCCGAACGUGGUUCUUGUUACGGCAAUUUCCAACGAGAAGUCUACUGCAACAUUUUAUCUUCUCGACACCAUUUCCGGUGAUAUUCUGUACUCAGCCACACACGAAGGUGUUGAUACCAAACAACCUAUCGCUUCAGCACUUACCGAAAAUUGGUUCUCCUAUUCACUAUGGGCUGAUAUCAUUUCUACGUCGGCUACUUUGCCAUCAUCAAAGGGCUACCAGAUUAUUGUAUCGGAAAUGUACGAGUCUGAUGUUGCAAAUGAUAGAGGGCCCCUUGAAUCAACAGCAAACUCUUCUAGUCUUGAGCCCUCUGACAUUCCUAACGCCGAGCUGGCUUUACCUCAUGUUAUCACGGCGUCUUUUUUGGUUCCCGAAGCAAUCAGCCACAUGUCCGUCUCCGCAACCCGUCAAGGAAUCACAACUCGCCAGCUUCUUUGCACUCUGGAGUCCAGCGGUGCUAUCAUCGGUAUUCCAAGAACCAUCCUCGAUCCUCGUAGACCAGUAGGACGGGAUCCAACACCAGCCGAACAAGAAGAGGGGAUCUUCAGAUACCAUCCAGUCAUCGAGUUUGAUCCCAAGAUGCUGAUCACGCAUAAGCGUGAAGUCAUUGGUAUCAAAGAUAUCAUUGCAAGUCCGGCGGUGCUGGAGAGUACCAGUUUGAUUUUCGCCUAUGGUAUUGAUAUUUUUGGAACGAGAGUCGCUCCUAGUGCGGCUUUUGAUAUCCUUGGGAAGGGAUUCAAUAAGUUGAGUUUGGUUGGUACCGUGGCUGCGCUGUGGGCUGGUGUUGUGAUUUUGGCGCCUAUGGUAUGUUAUUUCUGUUUCUGUUUAUGUGGGUCCUGUGGUUUUGCAAGUGUGCUAAUUGAACAUAGGUCAGGAGGAAACAAAUCAAUGGGAGAUGGAUGACUUCGUAGAUUUUUGUAGAGUAUAGGAAUAUAAGAAUUGACAUUUUUUUCAAUUACUUGAUCCUUGGUGCUGUUUUGUGAUUUCUUGAUGGUGUUUUGGGUGGUUGACUGGGUAUUUAUGUAUAGUAAUAGGACUUUAUGCAGGGACGGAUUUGUUGCC